AUGGAUGGGGCCAGUGGGAGGGCUUUGGUUUCAUCCUCUUCCUCAAGAACCGCAGCUGGCGGCCGCCGACUCGUUCCCGCCCCGCGGAAGAACACGGACGGCCGAGCUUGGAGGGCGGUGCUGGGGUUUCUAGGUGUUCUGAUCCAGAUCCUGAGGUUGACCCCGUCGUCGUUGACUCAGCUCCUCUCCUUCGUCGGAUCCGCCACCACCUCCUCUCCUCCUCCUCCGCCGCCUUCACUCCUCUCCGGCCGAUGCGCAGGCCGACGCCACCGCCGCCUCCCGCCGCGGCCCCCGCUGCCCGCUGAUGCCCUCGAUAAGCUCACGGUGGUUCUGGACUUGGAUGAGACUUUAGUAUGUGCAUAUGAGUCUUCUAGUCUGCCUGCUAUAGUCCGCAAUCAGGCAAUUGAAGCAGGACUCAAGUGCUUUGAGCUUGAAUGCUUAUCUGUGGACAAGGAUGUCGAAGGUAAACAAAAGGUGAAUCAUGUUACUGUGUUUGAACGUCCUGGAUUGCAUGAAUUCUUACAUCAAACUAGUGAAUUUGCUGAUCUUGUUCUCUUCACUGCUGGCCUAGAAGGUUAUGCUAGGCCUCUUGUUGAUAAAAUAGAUGUUGGGAAUAGAUUCAGUCAUCGUCUCUAUCGCCCAGCAACAGUUAGCACGGAAUACAGGGAACACGUGAAGGAUCUAUCGUGCAUAUCAAAAGAUCUAUGUCGAAUUGUUAUUGUCGACAACAAUCCCUUUAGUUUCUUGCUGCAACCUCUUAAUGGAAUACCGUGCAUCCCAUUCUCUGCUGGUCAGCCUUAUGAUGGGCAGCUUAUGGGGGUUCUUCUUCCACUUCUAAAGCAUCUGUCCCUUCAGAAGGAUGUGAGGCCUGUGUUAUAUGAAAGGUUUCACAUGCCCGAGUGGUUUCAAAAGCACGGCAUACCUUCCUCAGUUAGGGUUUUGUGAUUAAUUCACCUUCUUCAGUUGGGGUUUUGAGAUUAAUUCUGAGAUGGCAAUCAAAGAAUUGUUUGUCAAAACUGAAGAGAAAGAAAUCUGCUGCUCUGUUGAGUGAUUCGUGUCUCAAUAUUUGCUUGUAAAUUUAACACAUUCUUUAGGGUGCUCUCUCAAAGUACCGCUAUAUUUACGUAGAAAAAGAAUUAACUUGUUAUGCUGUAAAAAUGUUUAUAUAUAAUUCUAAGAUUUUUUUUUUUUGAA